AAAAGUAGUAGCAGCAGCAGCAGCAGUAGCAGCAGAAGUAGAAGUAGAAGUAGAAGUAGAAGAAGAGAAGAAACUCACCGCAUCUGUGACAUAGGAAAAGGAGAUUGCAAAGGAAAGAAAUUGAGAGAAACUAAGUAGGAAGAAGAAGAAGAAGAAGAAGAAGAAGCAAGUUGUGAGUUGGUUGCUUCCGAUAUUCAACCAAGCGUUCUCUAUAUCGGGGAAAGUGGAACGGCCACGUGAAAUCCGGUCUAUGGUGGACAGAAAAAUAUGAGCAUCUCGUGAAAUCCGUGACACAGAGUUGGAGUUUUUAGACGAGAAGGGAGAAAACAUCCACCCCUCUCCCCCCGCCCACCCCACUCAUCAUGGAGACCGAAGAGCUCACGAGACUCGUCGACGAGAUAUACAAGAACAUCCUAGACAAGUUCAAUCCCGGUGCAAGGCAACUGAUCAAUGCUGGUAAAGCGUACCUGAAGGCACUUCACGCUGCAGCAGCAGCAUCACGAGUUUAUGUUGACGCAUUAUCCAGACUUGCACGUCAGGCACAGCUAGGAACAUGGGGUGGUUCAAAAGAUGUCGCUGAAGGCAUUCUACGUUGAUUUCUUGGUACCCUUAGAAACGAACUUGGAGAAAGACACGAAGGUAGUUCAGAGUGAACAGAAGAAAUUUUUGCAACAACACAAGACCAGAUCAGAAACAUACAGCAAGGCAGCAGCUACCAUGAAAAAGCAAAGGAAAAAAUCAAGGGGUGCUGGUAAAAGUGGAUUGGCCAUGGACAAGGAAUUGAAAAAUAUGCAAAUACUUGAGGAAGAAAAAUCAAAGCUUGACGCUUUUUGUGAACAAAGUUUAAAAAACGCUAUGACACAAGAAAGAAGAAGGUACGGAUUCGUUCUUGAACGACAAUGUUCUUUGGCAAAACAUUGCGCAAGUUUUUACGAAGUUGCCCUAGCUGCCCUUCAUCCCUCGGUUGACAAAUGGCGCGAAGUUGCAGCUACUCGUGAAUAUUUACCACAAUCUGUUGAAGACAUGUUCGCCUCGAGACUUAGGCAAGUUUCUUUUUGGCCAGAGGACGAAGAAAAUGGUGGAUCAGAACUAACAAUGAGUUCACAAUUGAGGAAAACACGAAGCAUGGAUAGUUCUUGUUUGGAACUUCGUCUAGGUCCACCAUCUGGCAACACACCCUCCAGUGCUCAUCACGGACCACCACCGCAUUUACCAGCUGUGCUUUCCAGAGCACGAUCGGAGGCCAAUUUGCAUGCCUCCACGUUAUCCCUUGGUCCAGAGGUUCCGGAAACUCCCCCACGACCCAGAUCCAUAGCUCCUCCGCUUUCUCGUAACAGUGUUGGAGGACUAGGAGGUAUAGGAAUAGGAGGAGGUAGUGGAGGUGGAGGUGGUGUAGGUGGAGGAGGAGGCAGUGGCAAUGGAACAGGACCGAUUUCUGGUGGUUGGGGUGAUGCACCACUCGCAAGAGCACUCUUCGCUUAUCUCAGUUCUGGAGAGAAUCAGUUGAGCUUUCUAGAGGGUGAUCUCAUCGCACUGAUGGGUGAUCGUCAAAAGGGUUGGCAAUUCGGUGAAAAUCUUCGUACGCAAAGUUCAGGAUGGUUCCCAUUGGCAUAUACCGAAGUUAUUAUCGACGAUAGUUUAGGAUCGCCUAGUCAUGGUGCAAGCAAUGGUCGAACACCGGAACCACAAGCAGUGCCACCGUGUAAACCACCACCCUCUCGUCCACCAGUCACACCGAGUAGCAUCGACGAGUUAUCGAGUGGUCAUCAUGGUUCUGGAAGCAAUAACAUGAACAGCAACAGCAAUAAUAAUAACACUAGUAGCUGUGGAACACCGACGAAUGUACCUAACAGUAACAGUGCACACAAUUUGGCUACUCCAACAGCUCGCCAAUCGAAAUCGAUCCGUCCAUCGGGUACAUUGCCAACAGUUUUGGCGGGUGGUCGUAGAGUUCAACCACCUGUCCCACCAAUUCCACCACCCCAAGCUGUGACUUCCCUUCACAGCAGCAACGACAGUGGAUUUUCUAACGAACCACCUGCUCAACCGGAUAUCGAUUAUAGCGACGACGAGGCCAUGAGACAACGUCGAAGAAAGGGACGUCCAGAAAGAGCCAACGAGUCUGGGAAACAACAACAACAACAACAAUCGAAGGAUGAUCAGAAAAGUUGCAACGAUAAAAAUUGGGAAAACGAUUCGUGGAAAACAAUAACCAGGGAAGAAAAGAGCUGGCAACUUUAUAGAACUGCAAUGGACUUGUGGGCUGAAUCCAACGUUAAUCAAAACAAUGAAAACGAUGAACCAAUAUCUGGUAGAUAUUCCAACAACGGUGGUGGUGGUGGUGGUGGUAGUAGUGGUAAUCGACGUUACGAUAACACUCAGGAUCGACAGAACAACACACGGGAUUAUUCUAAUCGUGGUACUAUGGAAAAUGGUCAAUCGAUUAACACAGGUAAACGUGAUAAAAAAACGCAAGAUAAAAUUCAAAAGAACGAUUACGAAUCAUCGUCAUCACGUUUAUUAAAUCGACCAAAUCCUAAUCAUCGUAACAAAUAUUCCGAUGAUAAUUCUUUAUCAAGAAAUUCUAAUCGUAGAAACAACAAUAAUAAUAAUAAUAAUAAUAAUAAUAAUAAUAAUAAUAAUGAACAAACGAAUCAAUCAAGUUUACGUCGCGACAAUUCCAACAAACGAUCUAACAACAACAACAAUAACAAGGAACAAGAAGAAACUGAGGAAGACGAGUUGGAUUUGGACGAUGAUGAAGAUGACCCAUACAAUUCUGGUGUUGAUUAUCAGAAAAAAUAUUACGACGAUAGAAUCGAUAAUCAAGAUCGUAAUUCUCGUCGUGGUGGUGGUGGAGGUGGUUAUCGCUCAUUGGAAACAGAUGAUUCGAAAUACGAGAAUGAAAAGACAUCGUCAAGCACAUCAUCCGAUAGUGACGAUGAGAGUACUAUAACUGUACCAGAAACUGGUAGAAAGGUUGAACAUAUUGCACAAAAGUUAGAACAAACUGCUCAAAAGUAUGCGCGUGAACAUAGCCCACCAAAAUUUAUUGAAAGAAGACAUGAUUAUAAAAGUUUGGAACGUAAUAACAGGGAGGACAAACAACAACAACAACAACAACAGCAACAACAUCAGAACAGUUAUGACAGGUAUAAUAAUAAUAACAACGAACGUGACAGGAAUCGUCGUAUGGCUCAAAGAUUGGAAAAAGAAAGGGAACGUUAUUUCGAUAAAUCGUCCGGCAUAUCGGCUAAAAGUAAUUCGACUUAUGAAAGAGAAAGAACAUUUGAGAAAAAUCCUGACAGAAAUAGAAACAUAGAACGUUCAUCUGGUCGUCGUUUUGAAAGACCAAGACCACCAUCUGAGGAAGCACCCGAGAGACCAACAACAACCACCGAUAUUGUACGUUCGAACAAUUUUUAUCGUGAUCGUUGUUAUUCCGACAAAGAGGAAGCUAUUUAUGGUGAAACUGGUAGAUUCAUGAGAGAUCCAAUUUCCCUAGAAAAGGAACGUGGUUACGAGUCGAAUUUUGAGACCAAAUUGGAAAGAACUAAAGUUAUUGAGAGACACGGUUAUCAAACUACUUUAGCUCAACAACAAAGUAAUCAUCAACGGGUUGAUAGAAAUGGAGCAAAUACUUUGGAAAGAAAUGAUAAUAAUAAUAAUACAUUGAAGGAUGAUAGAAGACCAUUGUUACCACGACAAACUACUGCGGUUGGUCAUUUGAUACAAACAGGAAGAUCGUUUGAAGUGGACACGAAGAGUCCUAAAUUGGUUAAAAGAACUAAAUCAUUUUGGAGAUUUCGUAGAGAUUCCGAUGUGUUGGAAGGAAUGGCAUUAUGGCAACACCGUUCAUUGGUGGAUAUACCGAAAAUGAUUAAAAAAGAAAUGAACGAUGAUAAAUCUAAUACUUUGGAAAAAUCACAUUCUAAUAAACAAAGUUCUGAAGGUAGUCCAAUGUCCAGGCAAAGUCUUGAAAAACGUGACAGCGAUGUUACCCUAACCAAUGAUCAAUCCAGUCAAGAAGAACCGAAACCAGCUGAGAGGAUUCACGUACCAGAUAAAAAUGAUUAUUUCGAUGAUUUUCCAACCCCCGCUGAAAGACCUAAGGUUAUCGAAAGAUCGGAAUAUCGAAUGCACCAAGAAGAAAGGGCAUACUUUGUUGGAAAUGUUUCAAGAAAAGCCAUCAUAGAAAAGGAACGUAAACGUAGUCUGGAAGCUAAAAGAAAUAUGAUCGUUGCUGAGCUUAAAGAAAACAACGAAGCUAAGAGAAAUGAAAGGAGAGGACAGAAAAGUUAUGGGAAUGAUAACGACAAUGGUCUUAUACGAAAUUUCAGUGAAACUGAAGCUUCCGAUGAGGAAUCCACUUACAGUUGUAUCGUCGUCAAAGAUCAAACGGUUGCAGAAAAGACCCUAUUACCGAGGACCAAAUUAAGACGUGAUUCAGAUCGGGAAAGGGACAAGAACGUUUGCGGUCCAUGGUACGAUUUAUGGGGCGUCGACUCGUCCGUCAACAAUAAGAAGAAAAAGAAGAAACAACAAUAAGAUUGUUUUCUUAUCUGGUUUUUCUUUUUUUUUUGUUUUAUUUUAAUUUUUAUUUUUUAUUUUAUAUCUAAUUAUUGUUUUUCUUUUUUUUGUUUGAUCAGGUUGAUCGAAAAGUUC